CCAAUAUCAGUUGUUGCAGAAAUUUCUUAUCCUGUUAAUAUUUUGUUUGAAAAUGUUGCAAACACCUGGGGUGAAAUUCGUGAAUCCACGUUAUGGACAACUGAUCAUUGGUCCACCUGGUUCGGGUAAAACUACAUAUUGUCAUCACGCUUAUAAUUUCUACAAAGAGCUGGGACGUGAAGUCGGUGUGGUUAAUCUUGAUCCAGCGAACGAGAAUAUGGAAUACAAACCAAUAAUCGAUGUAAUGCAACUUAUCACAGUGGAAGAUGUUAUGGAGCAAUAUCACCUGGGUCCAAACGGUUCACUAAUGUAUUGUGCAGAGUUUUUAGAAGCACAUCUCGAAGAUUGGUUUUUACCAGAGCUGCGCAAAGCAGCGGCAACAUGCAACUACUUUCUAUUUGACUGCCCGGGACAAGUAGAAUUAUACACACAUCACACUGCUAUGUCGGCCAUAUUCGCGCGUCUGCAAAAGGAAGGUUACCAUUUGGUUACAGUAAAUCUCAUCGACUCACAUUACUGUUCUGAACCAACGAAAUUUGUUUCAACAUUGCUGCUCGCCUUAAAUAUGAUGCUGCGUAUGGGCUUGCCACAUGUGAAUGUGCUCUCAAAAGCCGAUCUUUUGCGAAAACAUGAAUCAAAAUUGCAAUUUAAUUUAGAUUACUAUACAGACGUAUUAGAUUUGAAGUAUUUGCUUGAAUCACUUGACGAUACACCAACAAUGAAGAAAUAUCGCAAAUUAAACGAAGCAAUCUGCUCGAUGGUGGAGGAUUAUGCUUUGGUGUCAUUUCAACUGCUCAACGCGCGCAGCACAGCGAGUUUGCUACGCUUACGGAAUCACAUCGAUAAGGCUAAUGGUUAUAUAUAUAAGGCAGGCGAAGAGACAGCGGUGAAUGCAUUGAUGGCAUGUGCAGUAGGUGCGGAAGCAGAGUCGAUGCGGCAAGCACACGAUAUUGAUCCGUAUGUUACAUGAGUUGGGUGUUGUAGAAAAUUUUAAUAUAAUAUGAUAAUAAAAAUAAUGUAUUUUAUACUUUAA